GAACCAAAUGCCCGCUACACGGAAGCGGCAGCGCAGCUCCCCAUCGCCCUCCUCGACAGCAGCUUCCUCCGCGGUGUGUCGAUCCAAGGACGAGUGGGAAAAGCUGGAAAAUGGCUCCGUGUUGAUGCUGCCGCCGACCACCUCCAUCGUGAAGGAGGCUCUGCACACGCUGAAGGACAGUGCGGCGUCGGGGGUGGUGGUGAAGAUAGCGGCCUUCGACAUGGACGACACCGUUAUUAAACCCGCCUCUGGCGGUGUCUUCCCUCGUGACGAUCCAACGGACUGGCAGUGGGUGGUCCCAGAGGUACGCGACUACCUCCAGCACCUGCACCAGUGCGGCUUUUUGAUCGCUCUCUUCAGUAAUCAAAUGGGUAUCGGGAAAGGAUCAAGUUGGAACGCAGCCAAGGCGGACUCGAUAGAGGCCAAGGUCGCCUUGCUGAGCCACGAUGCCGCCGUACCGUUGUGCGCGUGCUUGGCGACGCGCGACGAUGCUUGGCGCAAGCCCAGUCCGCGUAUAUGGCAUUUGUUCGUGACACGUGUUGCACAGUGUGUGCGGGACGGCUGCGCGAGUUCCGCCGACGCCGUAGCGAAAGAGGAGGUGACGGUGGAUUGCGAGGCGUACUCGUUUUACGUGGGGGACGCGGCGGGGCGUACUACGCCGACGCUGGCGGGGCGCAAGAAGGACUUCAGCUGCGCAGACCGCCAUUUUGCGUACAACCUGCAGCUGCCUUUUUUUACACCAGAGCAGUUUUUUGCCUUCGAGGUCGGCCAUCUUCUUCAGGAAGACGCCCUGACGACCCGCCGUGCAGGUGAGGCGAAGGGCCUUUCAUACCGCCUGUCAACCGCACUGCUGCGUCGGACAGCCCCCUCGUCCGGUGCCGCCGCCACCUCCGCCGAUUUUUCUUGGGGAGAUGUGUGCCCCGAGGAGCUGCGGAGUCUUCCGCGGACCUACGCGCAGCUGUCGGUGCAGGUCAUCACGUUCACCACUGUCAAGACGAUAUCUCUGCCAUCCGCCCCGCCUCUAUUCGCCCGCACCGGAGAGCAAGAACUGAUCAUCUUUGUGGGCUUUCCAGGCUGUGGCAAGUCCUCCUUCUACCGCCGCCAUUUACAGCCGUACGGCUAUGCCCACGUUAACCGCGACAUCCUGCAGACGCGGGCCAAGUGCAUCCGUGCGGCAGAGGAGCACUGGGCCAGGGGGGACAGCGUGGUAGUCGACAACACGAACCCAACCGUAGAGGAUCGGCAGGCGUACAUCGACGUGGUAAAGAAGCACACACCGAAAAGAAAUGCAACAGCCGUCGCAGUACUCCCUGUGCGUAUCUUUUGCUUUACGCACAGCCGCGGCUUGGCGAGUCACAUGAACGUGGUGCGAGCGCACGUGGAAGGUGUGCCGCGGGUCCCGGCGAUCGCCUACAACGUGUUUCAGAACAAGCUGCAGCGGCCCACAACGACAGAGGAAGUCGCUGCGCUCGGCAUUGAGGCGGUGUGGGGGAUUCCGCCGGUGGUGUGUUUUGACGACGCCCCGGUAGGAACAGAGAAGGCCUUUUCACUUCUGUUGUGA